GUUUCACCAUGUUGGCCAGGCUGGUCUCGAUCUCUUGACCUCGUGAUCCACCCUCCUUGGCCUCCCAAAGUGCUGGGAUUACAGGCGUGAGCCACCACGCCCGGCCAAAACCUUAUAAUUACAGCUGUGCAUGUUUCUCUUUCUGAAAUAUAACAGUGUCAGAACACAGGAAGCCCUUAAAACGUGAAGAUACUGAAGUACAGUGGGUGUUCACAGAAGAAUAUCACAUUUUAAAAACCCGUAAAACGUUUUAUAAGAUCUGCAGGUGGGGGGCUCCUCUUAUGCCUCCAGCUCCAGAGGACAGAGGCCAAACCUUCCCAAGCUUCCCCCACCCUUGUGUCAGGAUUGGGCAGCCGGGGGGAUCAGAGCCAGCUUCCCUCCUUAUAGGCCUCUAGGUCUCCGUGAGGGGGUCUCUCAGAGCCCCAUAGCUGGGCUAGGUCCUGGGGUGGGGGUUGAGGCAACUCCCCACAUCCUCCAGAAGGGAGGGAAAGGACCCAGGAAGAGACCGCCACCCCCACCCUGCAAUUCUCCCACUUCUCAUACGUCUAGUUUCUGUGUCCGAGGCUGGCUCAAGCAAUGGGGAGGGGUCUUGGGUUGGGUCUCACCUUCUGGGGAAGGCCCUGAAUGGGGCACUCACAGCUCUGUGCUGCUCCUUUGACCUGAUUGUUCUUAUCAUGCACUUUCCUGGGCUGUGGGGCUUUGGACAGCGGGAUCACCCUUUCUGCCAGCACGUGGCUAGGCCUGCAUCUGGAAACAUCCCUCUAGCUUGAGAAUCGAAUUGGAGUGGCUGAAGGCUGAAUGUUGGCCGGGUCUGGCUGGAGGACUUGAGGCCCUGCCCACUGGAGCCAUUGGGAGAAGCUGGGGCAGGAGGUGGCAGGAAGGGAUACUACUGUUUUGUUGGCGCUGGGACUCGGGGGUCUCAGCGUUCUGUGAGUGACUCCAGGCCAGUCCCUGGUCCCCAUGGGGCCUUUUUGGGAAGGGGUUGUGGGGGAAGGUUCCUCUCCUUCCAGCCUGACCUUCCCCUGUCCUCCCCCCAGGUGCCCUGAUCCCACGUUCCAAGGUGGGUGGGGUGCUUGGAGUCCCAGCCCAGUCAACCCCAGGCCCCUCUUCACACACUGGUACCUGUGAGACUCUCUGGGGGCCCAGGGCCAGGAUGGGUCUCCAGUGACAGGCCCAGCUCAUCCAAGUCCACCGCCCCACCCCACCCUCACCUGCAGCUGGGAGGGAGGCCGGCAGGUCGUGUAGGAGAAGGCUGGGAGGGUGUGGAGCAGUGGCAGGCCCGCCAUUCAUCUGCGUUCGCGACCCUCCCUGCAGAGGAAGUUUCUGGGGCUCAGGAAGCCCUGGGCUCUGACCUGCUGCUCCAUGCUGGAUUCCCACUCGCUCCCACCCUGCGAGUGACCCAGACAUCACCUCCCCACCCCUUCCCAGACCCAGAGGGCUCAGCAGAAGACACUGAGUGGGAGGAAGGGGAAAUGGAGGCCAGCAGGGACCGAGCGGCUCCCCAGUUCAACCCCAAGGCUGAGCAGGGCAGUGCCAGCGCCAUGGGCCAGAGGGAGGUGCCAGUGACCACACACCUUGGCAGGGUGUCCUUCACCUUCCGAUCUCCAGGUGGCCCUAGGCUCAUCCACUGUGCCUCCCUGGGGCCUCUAGAGUUGAAGCUCGAGUGGCUGGCUCCCUGAUUCCUUUAGGCUGAAGCCCAGGCGUGUUUGCUGCCCCCGCUUCCCGUCCGAUUGGUGACUGGCUGGGGUGGGGAGACUGCGAUUUCACAGCACUGCUGAUCAGAAAUGAUACAAUGGCCACGCCCACCAGCCAAGCGGCUCUGCAUGCGUCAUCCGUGAGUGCAUCACAUGCCUCGAGAGGCUCCAGUGACAGACAGCUUGUGCAAAGCCACUCAGCCAGGAAGUGGUCAGGACGGAUGUCAGGCCAGGCCUGACCAACCCCUGGGGCCGCACUCCUGUCUUCCCGCUACCCUGUCUCUGAGUCCGUCCUGUUAUCCAAGCUGGUGGGGGAGGCUCGGGCCACAGGCCAGCUCUGGCUCUCCCAUGCCCUCCAGCCUGGUUCAAGCCUUAGGCAUCAUCCGGGUCUUUGCCCUCAUGCCCAGAGCCAGGCUGUGCUCAGAUUAUUGCAGGUCUCAUCAAACCCUGACAAGCCUUAGGAGGCAGCCCCAUUGCCAUCUUCACUUUACAGAGGACGAAACCGAGGCUCAGAGAGGCCCCCAACUUGUGAAAGGAGGGGUCUGAGUAGGUGCACCUGGCUCCACGCCUGUGCACAUCAUAGUUCCCAGGGGUCUGCUCUAGGGCAAGGCCUCUGUGGCCACUCAAUGCCCCCACCCCUCUGCCUAGUAGAUCCCACCCCAGUGGGACCCUGGGGCACAUCCCUGGGUGGGCUCAGCAUCUCCCUCUGCAGGUGGCCUCCUGGGCACGGUGCGGCUGGGAACACUGCCCAGUUCCCCACACUCACCUUUCACAACCCAACCGAUGGCGCCAUUGAGCAGGAAGGGUGAGAAAGAGGACACAGGAAGCCAGAGCGGUGGGGCCGCAGGGUGGGGGCAGGCCAGCUCGGCAGAGCCUGGGGCCAGAGGGCCAGACAGCUGCAGGACUCUAGUGGCGUGGGCAAGGCUGGCCAAGGAUGGCGAUGCCCAGGGCCCUGGGGGCGCUGCUCCUCCAGCUUCUCCUGCUCCUGGCCUUAGGUCAGGAAAACCGCACUGAAGAGCCAAGACACAGCUGCCUGGGGGACAACUUGGAUGAGUACGGCGCAUUUGACUUGAAAGACAAGGCUGGGUGCUUCACCAAGUGCAGGCAGUCGGAGAGCGAGCCCUGCGAUGUGGGAAACUUGCAGAAAUACUGGCUAAACUACGAGGCCCACCUGGUGGAGGAAGCCUUGACGGAGAAGGUGAACACGUCUUUCCUGAAGGCUUUGGUCCAGAACGUCAGCACCAGCACCGCAGAAGACCUGUACUUCUCUCUCAAGCCCUCUCAGGUUCCAAGGCAGGUGAUGAAGGAUGAGGACAAGCCCCCUGACAGAGUGCGACUUCCCAAGAGCCUUUUCGAAUCCCUGCCGGGCAAUAGGUCUGCGGUCCGCUUGGCCAUCACUGUUCUGGACAUCGGUCCGGGGACUCUCUUCAAGGGCCCCCAGCUCAGCCUGGGGGAUGGCAGCAGCGUGUUGAACAAUCGCCUGGUGGGCUUGAGUUUGGGACGAAUGCGUGUCACCAGGCUGGCUGAGCCUCUGGAGAUCAUCUUCUCCCACCAGCGUCCACCCCCCAACAUGACCUUCACCUGUGUCUUCUGGGAUGCAACUAAAGGGCCCACUGGAGACUGGGCUUCUGAGGGCUGCUCCACGGAGGUCGGACCCGAGGGGACCGUAUGCCGUUGUGACCACCUGACCUUUUUCACCCUGCUCCUGCGACCCAUCUUGGACCAGUCCACGGUGCAGAUCCUCACACGCAUCUCCCAGGCAGGCUGUGGGGUCUCCAUGAUCUUCCUGGCCUUCACCAUUGUUCUUUAUGCUGUCCUGAGGCUUUCCCGGCAGAGGUUCAAGUCAGAAGAUGCCCCUAAGAUCCAUGUGGCCCUGAGUGGCAGCCUGUUCCUGCUGAAUCUGGCCUUCUUGAUCACUGUGGGGAGUGGCUCGAAGGGCUCUGAUACAGCCUGCUGGGCCCGAGGGGCCGUCUACCACUACUUCCUGCUCUGUGUCUUCACCUGGAUGGGCCUGGAAGCCUUCCACCUCUACCUGCUCGCCGUCAGGGUCUUCAACACCUACUUCGGGCACUACUUCCUGAAGCUGAGCCUGGUGGGCUGGGGCCUGCCUGCCCUGAUGGUCAUCGGCACUGGGAGUGCCAACAGCUACGGCCUCCACACCAUCCGAGACAGGGAGAACCGCACCUCUCUGGAGCUAUGCUGGUUCCGUGACGGGACGGCCACGUAUGCCCUCUAUAUCACCGUCCACGGCUACUUCCUCAUCACCUUCCUCUUUGGCAUGGUGGUCCUGGCCCUGGUGACCUGGAAGAUCUUCACCCUGUCGAGUGCUACAGCGGUCAAGGAGCGGGGGCAGAACCGGAAGAAGGUGCUCACCUUGCUGGGCCUCUCGAGCCUGGUGGGUGUGACGUGGGGGUUGGCCAUCCUCACCCCCCUGGGCCUCUCCACUGUCUACAUCUUCACACUCUUCAACUCCUUGCAAGGUGUCUUCAUCUGCUGCUGGUUCACCGUCCUCUACCUCCCAAGUCAGAGCACCACAGUCUCCUCCUCUACUGCACGACUGGACCAGGCCCACUCUGCGUCUCAAGAAUAGGAAGGCACAGCCCUGCAAUCUGGACUCAGUUCUGACUUGCUGUGUGACCUCGGGUAGCCCCACGCCUCCCUCUGGGCCAGUUCCUUUCCCUGUAUAAUGUGGCUGGGGAGGGAGAGGACCAGGUUGGACCACGUGGCUUCAGAUGUCCCAUCCAGAUCCAACUACAGGUUCCACAUGAGAGUCCAUGUAAGCAUGUUUGCAGGGGUCUAGAGUUCCUGUAGUCCUGAGACCCCCUGCCAGCAAAGAGUGACAGUCACCUCCAUGCCCUGCCCUCAUUGCAAAGCCCUCACCUACCUUCUGGUCCCAGCAAGGGAAGAGAGUCUGUGGCUUGUGUAGCCCUGGAAGGAGCCCCCAGCCUCUCCCCUCCUCCUCCUUGUCACUGGCCUCCCACAACUCUGCCUCUGCAUGCCUGUAAACUUGAGGGGCAUUCAGGAGGCCAGCGUGCCCUCAGGUAUUGGGGGUUAGUUUUGGUGGGUAGGAGUUGAUCCUCCUACCCAGUCUGCCCCUGGUCUCUGCCCAUCAGAGCCCACCCUUCUUGAAGAGACCCCAGCAUGUUCAGGGUGCUGGCAGCCCUGCAGGUGUCCAGGGACACUGCAUUUCUGAGAACACUGAGUGGGCGAGCUACCUCGGGCAAACCCUCCACUCCCCACUCUGCCACGUGGGUGGCCCAACCUCUGACCUGCUGUCAUCAUAGAGGUAGAAGGCAAACCGAUCUAGGGCUUAGCAUACCUGGGGGUGCUCCCAUUCAUUCAGCCUGUGGGGCUAGGGGUGAGGAUGGGGUUUAGGGCUCCCUGAGCAGGGGCUGGGCAUUGCCGCUAGAACCUGAGCUCCCAGACAACAAGGACCUGGGCAGCCUCACUCACUGUUCCAGCCCAGGCCAAGCACAGUGCUUGGCUUGUGGAAACCCUGAAUAAAUACUUGUUGGC